AUGACGGCAAGGCCCCCCGUGCGCCGGACGUACGGUCGUCGCCCACCGCCGCCCUCCUCCCCACCCUCUCUCGCAUUCGCGUCGUCGUCUGUCGGGUCGCUCGUGUUUACUCCUCCGCCCCCGAGCUCCUCCCCGACCACCGCACGCCGUAAGCGUGUCCGACAACAGUCUGUUGAGGCAUCGGACGAUGAUGAUGAUGACGACGACGAGUCACCACUGUUCUCCUCCCCAACGAAGGGCAAGGGCAAGAGCAGCAUCCGUACCCCAACGCCCAUGCUCGUCGCGUCGGCACCCUCGGCACCACCCUCACCCUUAGCAGCGAUGGACACCAACACGGCCCUCUCCACCGCGACCCGCCAGACAUCUCUCAAGGGCUUUUUUGUUCCUCUUGCCAAACGCGCCCGUCCAACGCCUAUGCCGUCUUCCAACGUCGCCACCACCGCCACCAGCACUACUCGUUCCUCAUCCACUCCAACUCCAGCCGCGCAGCCAAAGCCCAAGCUCCACCAACUACAGUUUACCGCGGGCGCCCUCCGCUCCUGUGCGGAAUGCGGCAUGUCCUACCUCCGCGGCAGCGACGAUGCCGAGCACGCUCGCCACCACGCCCGCGUGACGCGGGGUAUCCCAUGGACGGCAAGGACGCGUGCCGUGGUGGACCGUGUACCGCUGGUCCCCAAGGCAUCGACCAGCAGCACUCCCACACGAACGUCACCACGCCGCAAAGCUGUCAACAAGACCGGUAACGCUCGUAUUGUUAUUGUGGACUGUGCCGCCUCUGCUUCCACUUCGUCCUCGUCCUCAUCUUCGUCGACCUCGACAGCGCCUGCCGCACGCAUUACUGAAAUCCUCGGCAUGGUCGACACGGUCGUCGCUGCCCCGGCUCUCCCACUGGCCAUCAAGGACAGGUGCAAGCUCGUCCUCGCGCUCACGUCCGACCCACCUCCCUCCGGCCGCCGCCUGCCCGGACGACCAGUGGAGAAGGGCGAGCGCGUGGUUGGCGCCGUCGUCGUCCAGCCUAUCAAGUGGGCGAUGCGCGUGUUGCGAGACGGGGAGAGCGGUGUGGGCGGCAGUGUUGAUUCGGGCGGCGGAGUUGUUUGCGAUCCGGCCCGCCUGCCCACUCCCCUCGGCAUCCACCGUCUCUUCGUCGUCCCGGCGUACCGCGGCCUCGGUUUGGCGCGGGAGAUGCUCGAUGUGGCCGCGGCAGAGACGGUGUACGGGUGCGAGUUUGAUCCGACCAAGGGCCAAGUCGCCUUCUCCCAGCCUACAGACAGCGGACGGAUGGUGAUGGAGAGUUGGGGUAAAGGGGGUGUGAGGGUGUUUGUAGAUGACGAGAGCCAGCUCUGA